AUGGCUGAAGAGAGAUCCACUUAUAACACCGAUCGAAGUUCCAUCGAAAAACCACUGGCGAACAGCAGACAAUUAGCCGCUGUGAAAACAUCAAAGUUGUACAAGGAAAUUGAACAAGGUCAAUUGCCCAUUGUGUAUCAUCCGAUUUAUAAUAUAUCAUUUUGUGGAAUCGAACGAUGCCAUCCGUUUGAUUCACGUAAAUGGGGACGUGUUUAUGAGACAUUGUUGCAAUCAGGGAUGUUUGAAGAAAGGCAAACGAUAAGACCAUCAGAAGCAAGUAUGGACGACCUACGUGUUGUUCAUUCAUCCACCUACUUGUCAUCAUUACGCUGCCCAUGUUAUGUUGCGAAGAUGGUUGAAAUUACACCUGUUGCACUUCUACCUCCAUGUAUUAUCAACAAAGUCCUCCUGAAACCGUUGCGAUAUCAUACUGAUAAGCUGCGCACGGAUUGCGUUAAAUGCAUCGGUGCAUAUUCAUUGAAAAGUGCACUUUGUUGUAAUGCUGCACUGUUUGAAGUUGCACAGGUGGACAAAUGUAUUUUUCUUUCGUCAUUUGAAGGCGGUACAGUACUGGCAGCCAAGCUUGCACUAACAUCCGGUUGGGCAAUAAAUAUUGGUGGUGGUUUCCAUCAUGCAAGUCGUUCAAAGGGUGGUGGCUUUUGUAUUUAUGCCGAUAUCACCUUGGCACUAACAUUCUUAUUCUCCAGUCAGUUGAUUUCAAAAGCAGUGAUUGUUGAUUUAGAUGCUCAUCAGGGUAAUGGUCAUGAAAAUGAUUUCAGCGGUGACAGUCGUGUUUAUAUAUUGGAUAUGUUCAAUAGUCGUAUUUAUCCGUAUGAUUUGAGAGCAAGACGUGCUAUAAAAAGAUCAGUUCAUCUUCAUGUUGGUACACAAGAUGCAGAAUAUCUCUCUUUGCUUUCGAGUAACCUUGAAGAUGUCCUGAGCGAAUUUCGGCCUGAUAUAAUCGUAUAUAAUGCAGGGACUGAUUGUCUUCGAGGAGAUCCACUUGGUUUAUUGUCGAUAUCUUCGAAGGGAAUUCGAAAGCGUGAUGAAAUUGUUUUCAAAAUGGCUCGUGACAGACAUAUUCCGGUUGUAAUGCUACUUAGUGGUGGAUAUAUGCCACAUACGCAUGAAGUCAUUGCCAAGUCGAUCCUGAAUUUGUACGAUAAAAAUUUAUUAAAUGUGGAACUAUAA